GAAGUGGAGGGGAGUAGCGGGAUGGGGCGGCCGUGCAGCUAGAACCUCUGGUUAGCGAGUCCCCGCUAGCCCCCUCCCCCUCUCUCUGCCUCAUCUUGGGGCAUCGGGACCCCAGGCCGUGUGGAAUUGGCGCUGCGGCAGGACUGCGGAUUCCUGGAGGCGGCCGGGAGCUAAAAGCCAAUGGGCCCUGAUCUAGGGAGAAGAAGUCUCUCCUCAAUGGCACUCAGUGAAGAAAAGACUUUGGCAGAGAGUGAGACUGAAGCAGAGACAGUGCUGGAUGGGAAUGUGAAGCCCCAUGGAAGUUGGAACAGCCAGGAACUAGAGACAGAUUGCUCCAUGGCUCUGGGCAGCUUGCAACAUUUUGUAGAUGCCAGGGGAGGAAAAUGUUUCCCACCGGGGGAAGAAGAAGAGCUGACCAAUAGGAAGGCUAUGCCUGAUCACAUUGUUGCAGCUGGAGCGUGGAAGAAACACCAUAGCGAGGCUUCAGAGGGAGAACCCUUCAUCACUGAACCAGAACCUGUAUAUAGUCAUUUGCUUCCUGAAGACAGGACUGCAACUGGAACAGAAAAUCUUUUGUUCAAAGUAGGAGCCCAGAUUGAAGAGAAAUUAUGUCUUGAUUCUCCAGAGCUCCUUCAGAGUAUUGCUGAUCCUCUAGCCAGGACUCUCAGCUCAGGAGAAGUUGCUGAUGACGAAGAUGACCAUUCCAGUUUGGAAUCCCCCCGAAUCCAUGAUUCUAGGCAACAAACCUGCAACUCCAGUUCUUUCUCAUUGAAGUGGAAAUCUUUGUUGAACCUAGAUGUAUCUGCCCUUUCUUUUUCCAGUCACAGCUUUCCCACCUCCCCUCCCCCAAAUGGCUGCCUACAACAGAGAGAAAAGACAGGAUCCCACAACCUGUGGCCUGCUACAAGCUCCUCAUGUGUGCCAUCUGGCUUGCUGAGCUCUGCAUCGGGCCCCAUGCCUUCCGUCCCUGGAAGCAGCGGAGCCAUGGCUGAGGCAAGCAGGCGGCGGUCCUCCUUUCAGGCUGAUUAUUGGGCUUGUGUGCUGCCCGACUCCCUGCCUCCAUCUCCUGAUCGCCGCUCCCGUCUCUGGAAUCCAAAUAAAGAGUACGAAGAUUUGCUGGAUUAUACAUAUCCUUUAAAGCCCAAGGCCCAGCUUCCAAAGCAGCUUCCAAAGCAUGCUGACAGCCAUGUGCUGGCCGACCCCUUCCUGCAUGAUUCGGGGGUUGACCUGGACAGCUUCUCCCUGUCUCCGGAGAACACUCUGAAGUCCCCCGCUACUAUGUCUCAUGACUGCCUUCCAACAGAACCAGAUGUCCAGCUUCCUUCAGAACCCAGAAAUUUUGAGGACAGGUUUUCUACUAUGGUGUCCCAGACCCAAGGUGGCUUGAGACUGGCAGCUUCUGGUCACCUUACAUCUACUCCCAAAGCCAGUAGUAGACAAGCUUUUCAGAAUGACAAAGAGCACUCCUUAAUGAACCUCAGGAAAUCUCUACCUGUGGGAAGAUGCCUUGAGGCUCACUUGCCAUCAUCAGGAGAAUGGUCCAGAGGCAGUUCUUUUUCAACACUUUUAGGAAAGAAUGGUGCUAGUAGUGAUCUCCAGAGUCUUUCCCAUGAGGCUUCCAUGGAAUCAGGGUGGAAAACACCAGAGGAUAUUGAAAUUGAAGAAGAGUAUCUUGCUCUACCCCCUCGGCUGACCCAGCUUUCCAGUCUGGCUCCAUAUCUGUCCACCAUUCAGAUGAACAAUUCCCAGCCUUCUGUAGCCACUAAAGGGCAAGAUUCACCAGCUGCCUCUAGUGAAGAGCCAACUCCCCUUCUGCACCCUAGCACCCAGAAGUCUCCUGCUUGGGAAAAAUCCAGAGGGAAGUGGGGUACUGCACACAGGGAUUGCUGUACCCAGAUCCCCCACUAUGAGUUUCAAGAACUUGAUAGAGAAGGUGAUAUUAACAUAUUGAUCAGUCAGGACCCAAGAGGCCCACUCAGUCAGCCAAGGACAAUCUCCUCCUUAAGGAAAAUGCUUGCUGGGCUGACUUAUUCUGACUUAAAACCAGAAGGUCAGCAUUUAAAGAAAGAGAGGGACCAAGAAAGAGAAUCCCUUCUCCAAUGUGUAAAGACAUUUUGCUGUCACCUGGAAGAGCUGAUUUGCUGGCUGUAUAAAGUAGCUGAAGUUACGGACAACUUGAUUCCAUCAAAAUCUAAUCUUGCAAGUCUCAAGUCUUCCCUACAGCUUUAUCGGCAAUUUAAAAAAGACAUAACUGAACACCAAUCCCUGACUGAGAGUGUCUUACAGAAAGGGGAAAUUCUACUCCAGUGCUUGUUGGAUAACACACCAGUUUUAAAGGAUGUUCUUGGGUUGAUUGCAAGGCAAUCCAGUGAGCUUGAGGACCAUGCAGAACGACUGUAUGACUCGGUCUUGGCAGCUUUAGACAUGAUGGCCGGGAGUACUUCUGGCCCAGACAGCAAGCCAGCUACAUGUGAAAGGAUAUAAUAUCAGGUAACAUCUCAAGCAGUGUUGGAAUCUGUUAGCCCAAACCUAGUUGUUUGGAAAAACAAGAAUUUGCUGGAAGCCAAGCCCAAGCAAUGAUUGUUUUGUCGGAUCAUUCUGAUGUAGCAGAGAGAACCACAGCAUUGGUCUACUGGCUCUUAAGUGAUUUUUCAUGUGUGAAGUGGACAGCUACUUGAAUUAUUGAAAAAAUACCUUCUAGAUCAAGGUUUUUUUCAAAUGGUGCUUCCAGUGACUCUAUGGGGAUUGCCAAGCCACUCAGCUUCUCAAUUCUUAAUAGAAAAUAGCCUAAGUGACAAGUCUGUCCCCUUAAAAAGAAAAGGGAAUGGUGGCAACUGCCCUCAUAACCAGACUUAAGUCUCAGGAAUCAUUUUGCGUCACCUGUUUUUAUUAAGUGUCCACAGAGAGCUGGGAAAUUUGACAUUGAAAAUACUUGGCCUCCAAACUGCGAACUAAAAGAGUAUUGGCCUAUCUUUCCACAAAGAAACCUCAUUUGGGAAAACCAAACCUGGUUUGGUUUUUUUGAAUAUUUACAAUAGAAAGGUAUCAACACUGAUGACAACUGAAUACAUCCCAUCAAAAUGUUGGGAAAUAGUAACACUAGUUUUCCUGCUAUGACAGUUGUCUUUAUUAAAUUGAAAGAUGGCACCUCCAGUACACAUUAAAUGCCUAUUACUGAAGGCACUUUAGAUUCUUUUCAAGUGGAUGAUUUGAUGUGAUUUGUAUGCCCAUCUCUUGGGUGACUUGAGUGUUUGGCUGGCCUCAUUUAAUUCCUUAAAGUUUAGGCUCUAAGUGUAUUUUGCUAUCCUGAGUGUAAACACUAGAAAAAGAAAAUGCAUUCUCCUCACAAUUUUAAAGUGGAAAUGUAAUUUAACCAUCUAAAUAAUUCUAUACCUUUUUAGAAUGACACAAGAGACUUACAGAACAGAUCAUUUUCCCAAACUGAACUUACUCAGGUCAUGAAUGAACGAACAUAGAAGAGGAAAGCAAGUAGAAUAUAAACUUAACUAAGAAUUGAGAAAAGGAUGUUUAGUAGUGGAAUAUUAGAGGAAAAGAACUCAGAGCUUUGGGGAAAUACUUUUCAGUUUGAAUAGGUUACUUUUUAAAAAAAAUGAAAUGAUGAAAGAUGGAAUAGGUCAGCUGUAGAGUUAAUCAUUUCUGAGAUUAACCAUUAAGUCUGAGGUACACAUUUCUAAAUUGAUUCAUAUAGACAUGAAGUCCCGAUGACAGCAUUAAGAUUUCAAAUACUUGAGUGUUAGGGGGUAUAGUGAAUCAAUUAAACUACUAUCCUUAAAAAUAGAAAAAGUCCAACACUCAAUUCUAGCCAAAGAAAAUUUUAAGUCCCCUAGUGCAGUGCUGUCAGAUUUCUUGAAAAUUAGAUGAUAAUAACGUUCCUGGGACAUAUAAAAUGUAAAAUGCUUACCUAUAUGAGCUAGCCAGCUCCAACCAUUUCAAAUUGUUGGUCACACGUAUUUAUUACAAAGAUGUAAUUUCUGUCUAGUUCUUUAGAGAAGAUUCUCAAUUAGGUGGAUAAUGCUUAUGGGAAGGAGGUAACACCCUUAAGACUCAAGACCGAUUAAGACAUACAAUCUUUCUAGAUGUAUUGUUAACAACAUACACUAUGAAGUCACAAGCUAGACUUCCGGUUCAAGUUCUGCUUCUGACAAUAUGACUGUGAUCCUGAGCAGAAGUGACCUAAAUCUUGCAGUAUUCUGUCCUCUUUUCCUCCCUUUAGGCAGUUCUCUUAAGACUGGAGGAGUUGCUAAUCAGUAUUGAUGGAAUCAACCUAUUAGAAAUGAAAUGUCCUAGAAAUAUUUUUCCUUUCCCUUUCUCCCCCCCAAAAACUAUAAAGACAGUUUGGUUUAGGAGAGAAAAAACCAUUGGGAUUAGAGUUUAAAAAAAAAAAAAGGCUUAGUCCUGCCAGACACUAAUCAUGUGACUGUGGGCAAAUCACUUUAGCUGUUUUUUUCCUCUCGAACAAUGUGUGAAUACUUAUAGUAUACAUCUCAUGGGUUUAUACUGUGAUGUUAAAAUGAAAAUAUGGGUAAAACAAUGUAAAAAAUAUUAAAGAGCUUCUCAAAAAUGUGGUCAAAAAAUAAUUGAGACAGGCUCUAGGAAGUGGGAAAUACUUUCAUAACUGCAUUUUAAUUCUAAAUUAGAAACUUUAAAGUCCUCAGUUAAGUAUAAAGAGGUCUUCUUAAGAAGGUUAAGAAAACCAUUGAUCUGAGUCAUACUAGUUUUGUCAUAAGUAAUGGAGGGAAUUCCUGAUAUUAGUGAUAUCAAUAACUUCAUAUUUUGUCCCCAAAUACAUGGUAAUACUUAAGAGAAAUACCAGUUUGUCACAUUUAAACUGAUUGGAAAAUAGAAGUAACUUGUACAUGAAUUAGCUAUGAGUAGAACAUCCUAUAGAAGGCGAUUGGUUACUCAGUACUAUGUAAUAAGUGAUGGGAGAAAAUGGAAUUCUGAAUUCUGCAACUAAUGGUGCCUUCUGAAAUCUAAUACUGGAUUUAUACAAUUUCCACAAAACGCUCUUGGGAGAGGCUCUUUUUAAGUAAAGAAUUGUAUCAUACAAAAGGUUUUUUAAGCUAUUACCAUUCAAAUCCUUUUUCCCAAUUGAGUAGCAAAACACCAUUAAGUAUCUUCUCUGUGGAAGCUAACUUUAUAGCUGGCUGAGAAUGCCACUGAGUCCAGUUGAUAGCCGCUAUUCUUUAAAAACAAACAAAAAAAACUCAUUUUGGCUUAGCAGUCAUUCAGUAAUACUAAAAGUUAGGCCAAUCUCAAAAUCUUGGGCAAAAAAUAAGAUGUUAUAACCAACAUUAAAUCUACUUGGGCAAAAUGUUCCUGAAAUCAUUAAGACAGAUGGGAAAUGUUGCCUUGCUUUAUGUACCUCUUGCCAACAAGUUCUGUUAAAUCUCAUGUCCACUGUAAACAACCUAUCAUCUAGAAUGGUAAAAUGAACACUGGAUUAAGUCCCACUUCUAUUAAAUGACUACAUAUAUGACAAAGUGUAGGUGAACUAUUCCUAACCUAUCUAUGAGUUGAAGAUGUUAAUGUACAGUUACAAUGACAUGUUUCUGAAAGCACUUGUUCAAAACAUAAAGCAGUACAGAAAUGUUAAGAGAUAGUCUUUUACUAACCAUGUAAAGUCAGCAUUAUUGCUAAUAAACGAAAUUUCAACAGGUUAAGGAGGCUCAGGUUAAGAAAUAAUGGCCACCUCAUAAAGAUCCCCUAUUUUUCUUUAAACAACUGUUUCUGAAAUAUCCUUUAUAAUUCCCAACAUCUAACCACAAUAAAGUCCAUAGCCCAACAUUAAAUAACUUGUUCCUAAAAGUCAUGGCAGAAAGGAAUGUUUUUCCCCCCAUGCAACUAACAACUUACUUUCCCCAAUCAAUCAAUCAGGACAUUAAAAAAAAACCAAUAGACAUAUUACACAGCAUUAUUUUCCUUGUUUUGAAUGUCUUGGGGAAUCAUAUUGGGAUUUUCCAGAUUAUUCAAAUAAGCAUGUAAAUUUCAUGAAAACUUUGCUAGAUCACCAAUGUAAUACAUCUUACUUCAGAAUCCAAAGUUUGUGAUUUAUUCAUUCAAUUAUUUUUCAAGUGUUUCUGAAAGCUGUGUUUUAUGCUGUUUUAAGACAAAUGUAACUCUUCGUUUGAAGGUGUUUAUUUUUAAAAUUACCCAAACUAUCUGUGACUUCAGGAACUGGUCAGUUGCCUUAUGUAGUAUGAAUAGAUUCUCAAUAAGCACAUCUAUAAUACAAAGUAAACUAUGAUUUUAUUGUGAAAUUCUCAUAGAUGGAAAAUUCAAUUGUAUAUUUAUUCUGUUCAUUCAUUUUACAAUAAUCUUAACCACUUAUUUUUGUACCAUGUUUUACGAUUGCCUGUUUAGUGAAAAUAAAAUAAAAAAUAUUUUAAGGGUUG